AGUUUCCAACAUUUUGGUGUCAUUUGAAAGAUGACUUUAUUGGCUCUCCAUAUAUAUAAGUCUUUCCCCCCAAAGUGAUAUACCGGUACUUUUUAUUUUUCAGCCAUUUCAAAGGUGUAGAGUUUUUUUUGGGACGCACUGUAUAUUUAUAUAGCGCUAGCUUGAGAGUUUUUCAGCCACUGCCCCAAUGAAAAUCGACUGAUUAUUGGAGUCACUGGAUUGUGCGGUAUUGGUGAACUGUGGAGAAGAUGGAAGCGAAGAAUCUUUACAAAUAAUCCUGCAAACUUGGCAGGAGCAGGAUUGGAUGCUCGAAGGACUGAGGCUUUGCAGCAGGAAGUGGAGAAGUAUGGUGGUACUAGCUUUGGCAUUGACCAGGGUGUAAGCGUACAUGAACAUCGGGAGGGGAAUGCACCAAGAGUUGGUUUAGAGACAGAGUCUAUUCACGUGAAAGUGAGAAGAGGGAAGACAGUAUCUCAUGGCAGUGAAGACUUGAGGAUAACUUCUCGACAGUUAGAAACUAAACCAAGAAGUCACUCAAAUUUGGAAUACGCUGUUCCACUCCCAUCUGUUUUUCGGAAUGAACAUUCAAAUGCUGUAGAUUUGCAUGAGAAGACGCUUUAUUCUGCAAAUGAUGGUGUAAAAGAGACUGACCCCCGCUCUUGCAGUAGUGAAUCUCUUGGCCACAUUUAUGACACAAGUCCUGACAAACCUAAUUUAUAUCUUGGCGAUGCGAACAUCUUUGUGAAGGGUAGCACUUGUGAGACUUCAGCUACGUCCUCUUUGUCAUCAUCCCCUUGCAUAGAUGUCGAAGAAUCUCUGAAGGACAGAGCUGGCCUUGCUUUUUCUUCUCCGACGUCUUCAUCCCCAAACAUCCAGCCUACAGGUGCCUGUGUGUUAGGAAGGGACGUUGAAACUGAGAAACCGGAAAUGAACUUCAAGCAUCAGAUUACUCAGCUGAGGAACAGACGUGGACAGGGGACCAAGAUGGAUGCCAAAGCAGCUUCGUCUGCUGAAGAUGAUGAGUGGGCAGACAUUCCAUCUAUGGAUGUGGUUUCCAUGGCAUCCUCAUCAACAGACGAGACAGCUUCUGGAUCAUCUCACGGUAAAGCAACCUCAAAGUCUAGUCUUGAAGAUAGUGCCUCUGUGAAUGUUCAGGAGGAGGAGGAACUUCAUCCAAAAUCAUCAGAGAAGGAAUGGAGCAAUGAUCAGAAGGGUGUAUACGAGAUGCAACUUGAAAACCUUCAGGAGCAGUUGGUUGAUAUCAUGAUAGAAAACCAAACACUAGCUCAAAAACUCCAGAAAUAUGAGAACAGCGACAUCAUCCCUCUCUUGAAGAAACUGGAAGAGGAACGAGACGCCAAUGAGAGUUUGACAAAGAGAUGCGAGACGUUGGAGGAUCACAUGAAACGCAAUAGGCCAAUGCAUCAAAUCUCUGUUGAUAGUGAAAGUCGUGAGAGUGUACAAAGACCUCGUUCAGCAUCAUUUUCUUCACCACCAGAUGACGUUGAUGGACCUCCUCCUACUCGGUGGGAGAGGUUUCAGAACCACUUUAUGGAUAAAUUUUUCACCUUGAUGGCUGAUUUCACGGAAGAGGGAGAGGAAAGUGAUUCUGAUGCUCCCACAGAGGGGGAUGAACUUACGGUCAAGAAGUUGAAGGAAAAUUUGAAAAGAUUUCAAGCUGGAUAUGAGCCUGGACUCUUAUUUUGUAAAGCAAUGUCUGCCCUAGUAUCCUGGAAAUCAACAUCAAAUACCUUCCUUGCAUUUGUUAUAUAUAUGUAUGUUGUAUGGAGAGGAUGGAGUGCUACUCUACUGAUUGGGCUGUUGCUAUGGUACCUUACCACAACGUACUUCAUCUCAAGGGGCUGGACUAUUCAAUUUUCAUUUCUUCCUUAUCAUCUUGUGGAAGUGACACAGGAUGAAAGACCCCCACUGUCAAUGUCGGACAGGUUUCAGUUAGUACUACACGUCAGCAGGAGAGUGCAGAAUAUACUCGGGAGCUUAGCUGAUCAGAUGGAAAAAGUCCAUAACUUCCUCUAUUGGACAAAUCCAGAUCUUACAAAGAGCCUGUAUACCAAUCUAGUAAUUGCAUUUGUAGCUUCAUUAUUUAUAUCUGGAUCAAUGCUGCUCACAUUGAUUGGUCUCUUUCUUGGUGUGAAGAUUUUUCUCAUCAAUCCAGUACUCAAGAAGUAUCCUCGUCUCAAGGCCAAGUAUAGUUUCGAGGAGAAGAUAUUUAGGGAAGCGCCGACGGCUGCCCAGCUUGAACAAAGACGUGCUAUUGAAGAAACACAACAGUUCCUAGUCCCAGAUAUUGAGGGUAUUACAGUCCGGUUCAAUGGAGAAGAAAUGCAGGACUCUGAACCUGCAAGUAAGAGGUUCAAAGCCUUUGCAGAGACGUUCAAUGUGCCUGAAUCAGAACAGCCUUUGUCAGGAUGGAAGGAGGGCAAGCGCUGUACUCUGAUAACCAAAAACACCGUUACAGGAGCUUUCAAAAAUGGUAGAUUAUAUCUGACAAAAAGUUUCUUAUGCUUUGAGAAGUCAAGUCUGUCCAAAGAUGGAAACAUGCUGAUACCCCUGAAAGAAAUACUCAGAAUUGAAAAGGCAAAACCAUUCAACUUCAUGCCGGGUUCCGGCAUGUCCAUAGAGAUCCACAUGGCGUCGGCUGAUAAACCAGUACUCUUCGGCGGCAUGCUCCGAAGGAACCUCAUCUAUGACCAGCUGAUGGAGGGAUGGCAGGCAGCCCAAAGAGCCAUCCAACAUCGGAGUAGCUCGUCAAACAUGGAAACCACGCCUAGCACAUCCCAAGGUGACGUCAGAAGCAGAGCUGGUAGUCAUAGACAGGCAUCUUCUUCUCACUCUGAAGCAGGAGAAAGUGACUCGGAGAGUGCUUGCUGAUCUUGAGGGUCUCCUUUUAAGGUGAUUGUAAGCACGUCUAAAGAUGGGCGUAACAGUGAACAAAGUGCACAUGGAAGCCAGCGCUCCACAUAACAAUGGGAACUUGAAGGUCUAUGGCUUAAGACGAUUAUUUGCACAUCCAAGGAUGGGCAUAAGCGUGAGGCACAUUGCACAUGGAAGCCAGCGCUAGCACAUCCCGAAGGGGACUCAUGGAGCAGAGUUUGUAGUUAUAGAUAGACUCCUACAUCAUUCUAUGAAGCAGGAGACAGAGAGUGAUCACUAUGAUUGGAGUCUCUGUGUACGUUGAGAUCAAAAGAAUUACCAAGGAUAAGUACAAUCGUGAAGCACAUCACAUUUGUAACCAAAGGCAGCACAUCAUAAAGGGACACCAGGAGCAGAUCCUGUAGUCAUAGACACCUGUAUCACUCCAUACGGGAGACAGAAGUGAUUCAGAAGACUAUCACUGAAGCUCACAGCUCCAUCGCUAUAUCAGUGACCAAUCUAGUACUUGUUGCAUGCACACUUUGUUCAAAACACUGACCUGAGGCCUGUAUAACAUAGGUUCACGAUUGAUUGCUAAUUUGAAAGUACAUUUCUGAUUGUUCAUAUUCAGUCUUCUGAGUGAAAUGCGCAUGCAAUGAUGAUCUUGAUAGGUCAUUUCUAGCUCCAAUGGAAAUGACCUUACCUACUGAAAUAUUUAUACCAUCCAAUCACAUUUAACCCUCUUCAAUGAACUUUAAUAUUGAGAAUUGGUGUGAAACUGAUGCACACCCAUUGCGUUUAAAACAGGUAGGCGGACAAGAUGUUCCAUUGAGUGGCACUGUUGGUCUUCAUUUUGAUUAGCACUACACUAAUUCCUCCACUCAAAAUGUCUUUCCAUUGUUCUAUUUUCAUUAUUUAUGGUUUGAGAUUUAAUAUCAAUAGUGAAAACUUGUUAUAUGUAUUUGUUUUAAUGGUGUACUGCUCCACCAAGUCCUGACAUCAUUGGUCCAAUCGGGACCUGGUUUGCAUUGACUGACCGUGAUAAUCCCACCUCUAACACUCGUGAAUACCAGUCAAUGAGAUAAAUUAGAUAAGACUGAAAAACAAGCAGUAAAAGUCACAAGGACUAUGGCAGGGGUAUCAUAAGAAGGUUGCAAUUAAUUGCAGUAAAUUGCAUGUCCAAUAAUGAUUCAUUGUAAAUUUACAUUUAAUUGCAAAUGAUUUCUGGGAAUUGUGAUAUCUUAGGGUAAUUUUUGACACUUCGUACAAUGUACAAGUGGACAUUUUGGCUGCCUAGUUUUAACUACACUGUAUAUCCAGUAGUUUAUUCAAAAUUUGACACAGGGUGGUGCUAUGUGCUAUCACUACUCCUCCCUCCUUCAAGAAACUGUCAUUUUAAUCAGUUUACAGUACAUGACACAUUUAUUGUCUCCAGUUACACCCUUUUAAUAUAACAAUACACAUUGAUUUUUUUUUUAACAUUCGUACUGUCUGCAAAAGUGUUCUGAAUAAAUUAGUCCCAUGGAAAAAAACUUUUUCCAAUCAAUAAACAUGAUGAUGACACAUCUGCUCCCACAAAUCAAAAGUCCUGAUAUUAUCUAGUAUCAGUGUAAAGUUGACCAAUUAUUUACAAGGAUACAUAAUGUUUUUAAAUGCCUGCAUGUACUUCAAUCAAGGAAACAUCACAUAAGAAGUUUCUAGACAUAAACCAAUGGUGGUAAAACGUAAAUUCAUAACUGAUGUUUUCUCUGAACUUAAAAUAUUUAAAACUUACAAAUGCAUUCAAACAACAGGGGAGCAUUUCGUCAAAAUUUUCAUCUGACAUCUUUACAUGAAUUUGAUUCGCUCAGAAGCACCGAUACUAUAUAAUUGUUGGAUAAAAUGGGACGUUUUAUCCGACAGGUCCUUUCAUAUGAGACGCUCCCCAGGUUCCUGUAACACAAAGGUUAGCGAUUAAUAGUAGACUAUGCUUGAUUUUCACGAUUGAUUGUACAUUGCAGUCUAUGUAAUCAAUUGUAGAAAAAGUGAACUGGCUGAGCAUAAUUCUCCACACUCUUUCUCUCUUGCUUUGAAUCCAGUUAUUGGGUCUGCAGUCUCACUGAACACCUUUGAGUGCUUCUUGACCAGAUCCUCUGCUGUUAAGUCAAUGUUUACUCUGAAUAUUUCAUUCCUAUCCAGCUUUAUGUGAUGCAGCCAAUUUCUACCAGACAAUGCAUUUUCCCCACUACAAGGAGAGGCAAUUUAAUUGCUUGUUGCUUGUGUAUCACAGGAAUUUGAAUGCAUCCAAUGACUGGGAUCUUUUGACCUGAAUAACUUCUCAGCCUGACACGACUUGGUUUUACUUCUGCAACUUCCCUUUAUACACUUACUUGGGAAUGAAACUAACAGUAGCACCUGUAUGAAUGUUGGGGUCACAUUAAGCAUGCGUCCUUCUCACAUCUCACUUUUGUACUUCAGCCUAAUAUUUGCGAAGUGGUUUGACGAUGAAGGCAAGGCUGAAAAUAUCUUUUCAGUCAGUUCCCACAGUUCCGCCAUGCCUAUGCUCCUGCUCGCCUUGCCCUCUCUAACUUGAUCUUUAAAAGUGAACAAGAUGUUCACAUCAUCCCUGUUAUCAGAGUCCACUUCUACUUUUGCUGCCAUCCAUUAUGGGCUAGGCUAACACGUACCAUGUAUGGCCAGUUUCUUUCAGGGCCACACUAAAGUCUGUGAUGUCCUCAAUUGUUGACUGACUCCAAGUACAGAACUGAUAGCUCUCAUCGAUUUUGAGUGGUGGUCAAAGUGUUCACCAAGUGUCUUAAGAAUGUCUGACAAGAGCAUAUCUAUGCGGCUUGGCUUGGGCCAGCAGUUAGUCAAGAAGUUGGCUCUCUUUCUCACAAUUAUUAGCACCUGCUCAUUUCCAUCAGAAUCAGUCCCAACAAUAUUGCUUGGCAGAAGGACAUCUCCAUUCGCUCAAUGUAUGUACUGAAAGUCUCUGUAAUUUCUUGGAACUCACCGAGCCUGUCGAUGAGCCCAUCGACCAUGGGUGCUACCAUCUUGAAUUCUCAGUCUGCCCAGCAGUUGUGCAACCAACAUCUGGUUCUAAGAGCUUUCUCCUGGUAACCUAGCUCUGACCAGAAUAACCUGCAGCAUCAGGGGCCCAUUUCAUGAAGCGUUACAACUGUUGUAACUUUGCCAUUACGGCAACUACCAUGGCAACAGGGCUUAGCAGCCAGUCAAAAUCAAGGUUAGCAUGGUAGUUGACAUAAUGGCAAAGUUAAGUUUCACCAGUUGUAACUCUAUAUGAAACAGGCCCCAGGAGUCGUGUGAAAUCCAAUUUGAAUUUGAAUCCAACCUGAAAUCCUCAUCGCCAUGGUGAUUUCUUAGGGUGAUUUUUUAUAUGCAGAAAUGUACAGGUGACACGUUGGCUGCCUGGUUUCAACUUCACAGCAUAUCCAGUGGUCUAUUCAAAAUUCGACACAAGGUGGCGCUAUUGCCCUAUCACAGUAAUACCUCCUCGGACAAAUAUAAAAAUGCUCUGUUCAUAAAGGCUAGAGCCAUUCUAGAAACUGCUUGUUCUAUUUUAAAAGAUGUGAUGCAUAUAUAUUUUUACCUAUUGCACCUAUAUGUGGAAUUAUUAAUCUAUCAUAAAAAUCUAAAGAAAGGAAUGUGCAUUGGUUGAAUUGUAUUGGUAUCUUAAGCAAUAUGAAGUGUGUUAAUUAAUGAAUAAUCUAAUGACUUCUGUGUGCUAUCUUGAUAUUUGAUUUGAUACUACCUUUAAUGACUAACCAAAUAUAGAUUUAAUAUGUUAUUGAAAUACACUUUACUGAUCUUGAGUUUCAUUUGAAUGUUACUUUAUAAGGUCCAUAGUUUUGAUAUACCCUUUGAUAUUUUUUACUAUCAAGCAUCUGACAAAUAAAUGUAUGCACCUUCUGAGGAGUUUUUCAUCUUUAUUAUAUAUUCUAGACUUUUUUAGGAGCAUGGUGUCUGUGAUUUAUAUUAAAUUUACAUUUUAAAGAUAGAUAUCGUAUAGUUGAUGGUUUUGUAAUGCAUCAUCACUGUAUAAGACAGAAAUAAGUGAUAAUUAAUUGAUCAAAAAGGAGAAGUUAUUUUGGCUGGUUCAUGGACUUAAAGUAGACAUUAAUGAGCAUUACUUCUCACUCUAUAAUGACAUCAAUUUUCAAUUUUUUGGUAGGAGUGAAUGCAUUGAUUUCAUGAUAGGAGUUAAAUCAUUCCUGAACAUGACUACUUGCAUGUUAAAAGGGAUAUCGUUUUCAAUAGAAUUCAUACUUAUACAUAACAUUUACGAUGGUGUUUUAAAAAUAAACCCUAAAAAAAGAAAAAUGUAGGAGGGAAGUAAUAACAUUAUUGAAAAAUUAUCAUGUAGGGUUUAAGAAACUGAGGUUGGUGCUUCCUUAAAUUUGUUUGUGCUUUCCUGAGGUGAUUUUUUCAUUAUGAUUUUUUUUACUUUUGCACAUGAAAAAAAUACUUGAAUGUAAUAUAUAUUUUAUGAAUUUAUUGAGAUUUCUUGUCCAUUUUUAAUCCAUUUCAUUGAAAUAUGAUAAUUAAAUGACUUUCUUUUAUUUGUAAGGUUGGUUUGGUCUAUUUUCCCAAAUGCACCUCUCUGAGUGUUUGUUAUUAUGUUUAUCUUUAUUAUUAAAUUUGUUUGUUGAUCCAUUGUUUGUA